AUGGUGCCUAACUGUCAGUCAGAGAAGACAUUGCUCAUGGAUCAAGACGCCAAGUCAGCAGUCUCGGGCUCGCAGCACACGUCGCCCUCCUCGAUGCAAGCCCCUCAUAGCAACGUGUAUGUGAAGAAUCUCCCGGACGACAUGGACGACAACUCGUUGAGGGAGCUCUUCGAAGACCAUGGUUUGAUCAAGUCAGCUUGCGUCAUGCUGGAUCAGGCAACAAAGAAGAGCAGAAACUUUGGGUUUGUCAAGUUCGUCGAGAUCGAAUCCGCACAAGCCGCCAUACAGGUCAGAUACUGCAAUGCAGGAUAUGGUGUCGUUGACAUGCCCAUCUGGAAGGCUUUGAACAACACAGAGUUACAAGGGAAGAAGCUCAUGGUGAAAUUUGCAGAUGCAGAUGCAGAGGUUUGGCAACUGUCCUAUACUCGAGAGUGUUAUCGCUUGGGCAAUGUGAUGGACAUCAAGAUUCUUUCGAGACCAGGAGUUGGGUCAACGGGGAAGGCCCUGGUCCGUAUGGAGAAUUCAGGACAGGCUUCAUGGGCAAUAUCGGAAUUGAAUGGGAAGAUCCUUGAGAACAAGAGAAAAAACAAUUUGAAACGGAAUGAAAGGUUUGCCGCUUCUCCACAUAUGGGCGAUGGCUAUCCUAUGCCUAUUAUGGCAAUGCAAGAUCCGUUCAGAGCUCCGCCCUUUUUGCAUGGCCCCCCAAUGGCCAGAGCGCCAGAGAUCUGCAAUCUCUAUGUAAAUGAGCUGCCUUCGGACGCGGAUGAUCUCUUCUUGUAUCGGAACUUCGCACCUUUUGGUGCUAUAACUAGCGUACGUGUUAUGCGAGAUGAGAAUGGAAAUAGCCGUGGUUUUGGAUUUGUAAAGUUUGUACAUGCGCAUGAUGCUGUAUUAGCGAUGUCAUCUUUGAACGGAAAACAAGUGAACGGCAAAUACCUCCAUGUCUCUCCGAAGACCACGAGCAAGGGACAGGCCAAUCAAUUUCCUCCAGAGUUCCCUCUCUCCCCGUCAGUUCCUCCUCAUCCCAUGCUCGGGCAUUGUGUCCCUCUGCCACAGCCUCCACAGCCGAUGAUGGGGCACAUGCCGCCAUUCGCCAUCCCUGGAAUGCAGCCUGCCCGGCAUAUCAUGCCAACAACGAGCCUAUGA